GGAAACUCUGCCAGGUUGAGUUGCUUACGAAGCUCGAAGGCUUUAGCUUUGCAUUUUUGAUAAUCCUUGUUGACAAGCCGAUGUGUCAAGUCUUUAUCYGGAUAGCUAGCAAAUACUUCAAUUGAAGUCUUUGGACAUGUGUCGAACGUCAAUCUAAGCUAGCCAAGAGAGAUGAAUUCUUUUUCAAUAAAAGACAUUCUCCAUGAUAAGAGAGACACACAGGAUGGGUUAUCGAUCAUGGACCAGACCUCCAGACCAAGCGAAAGGGAAUAUUCAGUGAAGAUGGAUAGCGCGUUCCAAGCAUUCGUGAAUCAAACUACAGAUAAUUCCAUUCACGAAUUCAACAAAUUUAACAGCAAUGGUAUAGAUAAUGGAAGCGAGAAAGGCAUCAAACCGUCAAAGAACUCGGCAGAAUCUCACGUGAGCAAGAAGAAGAGAAGAGUGCUUUUCUCCAAGGCUCAGAUCUACGAGUUAGAACGACGAUUUCGUCAGCAGCGCUAUCUCACAGCCGCUGAAAGGGAACAGCUUGCCAGAGUGAUCAGUCUGACGCCAACACAAGUCAAGAUUUGGUUCCAAAAUCACCGCUACAAACAAAAAAAGCAAGUUUCGGAAAAAGAACAAAUGAAUAAUGAUGUUACUGUGAUGUGUGGACCCAGAACAGUCAACGUACCAGUACUAGUCAGAGACGGACGACCAUGUUAUGAUUACAAUAUGAAUCAACGCUACGACUUUGACACGGAGUUCAUACCAAAUCCAUAUUCCUCAAUGAAUUACCCUCCAAGUAACCCGUACCAAUACUGGAGUCCAUUCUAGCGAAAUUGGUUACUUAUGGAGCGGUUAGUUUUUUAUCCUGAUUCUUUUCAGCGUGCCGUGGGCUUAAGGCAAGAUUGUUACUGUAUUAAGAGACUUUGUCGGACAUUGACGAACGAACAAUAGCAGAUGAGUAAUCAUGCCUUGGUAAUGGACUAGGGUUAAUGUGGUUUUAAGGAAGGUGAAAAUUGAUUUUAAAUAAUAGGCUGUUGUUUUAUCAUUUUAAUUGUAGGUGACUAUUACAAUAAUUGAAGAUUAUUACUCCUAUAUUUCUUCCCUGAGGCAAAAUGGUUCAUACCUAUAUCAAAGCUGUAUUAAAGAGGAAAGUUCGAAUUUUAGCUAAUGUGGAAUUUAAUGAAGACUUAUUUCUCUAAAUUACCUUUAUAUUAAUGAAUCGGUAUAACAGUUUGUACUAAAUCUUUUCGCUUGGGCCUCCAUGUGUGAGAGAGUUUGCCAUUAGCGACUAAGGAGAAAGUUAGAGUUAACUAGGAAUGUUACUAUACUGAAGUUCGGACGAAGUUCAGGUUAAUGUUGUAAUAUACAAGUGCAGAAGUAAGAUUAGCCCUCAAUGGAGAUUUAACAUUAGCACUGAAUGAAGUGUUUGCUUUAGUGAUCCCAUUGAAGUACCUCAUGCGACUCGAUAUGAUUACAUUGCCGUUAAGAUCAGUUCUAACUAAACACACGCGGGAGAAAGAUCUUAAAUCAUUUGGUAUGCCCAAGUGUUCAAUUGUUAUUGAAUAUAUAGUAACCACUUUGUCUUUAGUGUCCAAGAAUUGAGAUGAAUAGUGAGACAAACUUCAAGACACGAACUCAAACGUCAAGAGAUUUGGUCUGACUGUACAUCUUUGACUCGUUUGAAAAAUCCUGAUAAACUUAUUAAGAAAUAUAAAAUUAGGAUACUCAAUUAUUUUCCUUGGUGAACCAUUUACAUGUGUUAUCCAUGUUAAACUAGUUUGUGACUGUUUAUUGUCCAUCGUAACAACGAGAAGAUAAUGGCAGCGUACGUGGCAAUAUAUAACUCCUGACCAAGAACUUGCAAAAUAAAAUAUGGCUUUUGUCCAUAAUUACGUAACUAAUUUUGCAGUAAUUUACACGAAUCGAAAAACAAUGAUACCUUUCUCAAUGUUAUAGAAGAUUAUAUUUUGAACAUUUUGAAAAUAAAAGUGAUCAAAGAAUA